AUGGCUGCCUGUCGGACUAACCCAUCUUCAUCCUCAAGCCGUGCUGCGAUGCCUUGUAGCAUUCCCUCGGUGAGGGGUCUUUUUGGGGGCCAAGUUGGGUCUUGGCAUCGCCCACCACGGCGCUGCACUUGGCGGCCGGCUACGGCAGGCGGUCGCACCGGCUGCGCCCGAUGCAAGGCGCGCAAAAUCAAGUGCGACGAGCGGCACCCCUCGUGCCUCAACUGCAUCUCGCAUGGCGUCGAGUGCCCGUUCCUGGCGCUCAAGACGGCCGACACGCCCGUCCGGGCCAACAGCCGCACGACGCCGUCGUCGGUAUCGUCACGGCGGUCCCCGUUUGCCUCGUCGACCGGCGUCUCCUCCGCCACCGCCUCCUCCACGCCGCCGCUCUCGUUAUCCCCACACCCUCACCCGCCGGCCCCACCAGCACUCGGCGCCACCAUCUCCCCGACGACGGACACAACCCUUGAGCUGCUACACAACUUCACGGUGCACACGCACGCGACGCUGGCGGCCGACGCUGGCGUGUGCGACUUCUGGCGCGUCGCCGUCGCGCGCAUCGGCCUCGGCUGCGACUACAUCAUGCGCUCCGUGCUAGCCGUCAGCGCCCUGCACCUGGCCUACCACCGCCCCGACCGCCGCGACUUCUACACGGCCCAGGGCAUCCUGCUGCACACGCGCGCCAGCCGGUCCGCCAUGCACCUGAUGGCCGCGGCGGCAGCAGCAAACAGCAACAACGACGGCGGGGACGACCAUAACAUGGCGUCACCUGCGCCUGCGCCUGUGGGGCUCAGUGACGACGACGCCGUCAACCUGUUCCUGUUCAGCAUGCUGACCGUUGUGGCUAACUUCCCCGACUGGACGUUCCUGCUGAACGGCGCCAAGUCGCUCAGCAACGUUGUCGGCGAGCGCGGGCCCGACACGCUGCUGGCGCCGUUUCUCGUCUACGGCACGCGGCGGCGGCACGCCUCGCGCCGCGACAGCAAGGAUGCCGCCACCAGCCUCGACGGGACUGGGACUGGUAUUGGCGAGGAUGGUGGGAACGACGGCGACGACUGCGCGCCGCUCCGCGAGCUGCGGCGGCGGACACGGCGCUCGGGCACACGCGCCGCGGGGGCGCCGCGCGACGUCUUGGACGCCAUGCUGUGGCUGUGGGAGGUGUCGGACUCGCUGGUGCCGUUGCUCAAGGGCCCCGAACCGGCUCAGGAGGCCGUGGCCAUCUUUGCCCACUUCUGCAUCCUCCUCCGCCACCACGAGAGCGUGUGGUGGCUGUAG